GAGUGCAUCCGAGCAGCAGAGUGCGCCGCGGGGAUCGCGGCGGGGACCUGGGCGCAUCGCGGAGCGGGCGCCAGACGCGGGGCCGAGUGCUCCGGUGCCCGAUCGCGCGCUGCGCCUGCCGAACUCCGGCGUCGCACUCACCUAGCGCCGAUCCCCGCGCAUGGGGUCCCUCCUGGGCUCCCAUUGGCUCCUGUGAGCGCUUGGGUGUCGGGAGCCUGAUUUUGGCGACUGGAACCAACUUUUGAAGUUUGCCCCGAGAUUCUGGUGCAGCCCCGGCUCGUUAGCUCUCAGGCGUCCGGGCCGGACGGACGGAGGCGCGUGUCACCAUGGGGAGCAAAGGUGCUUACCGCUAUCACUGGCAGAGCCACAACGUCAAGCAUAGCGGCGUGGACGACAUGGUGCUGCUCUCCAAGAUCACUGAGAGCUCCAUCGUGGAGAACCUGAAGAAGAGAUACAUGGACGACUACAUCUUCACAUAUAUAGGGUCCGUAUUGAUCUCUGUCAACCCUUUCAAGCAGAUGCCGUACUUUGGGGAAAAAGAAAUUGAAAUGUACCAAGGAGCGGCCCAGUAUGAAAACCCUCCCCAUAUCUAUGCCCUCGCGGACAGUAUGUACAGAAACAUGAUCAUCGACAGGGAGAACCAGUGUGUCAUCAUCAGUGGUGAAAGUGGUGCUGGAAAGACGGUUGCUGCGAAGUACAUCAUGAGCUACGUCUCCCGGGUAUCAGGAGGAGGCCCCAAAGUCCAGCACGUGAAGGACAUCAUCCUGCAGUCCAACCCGCUGUUGGAGGCCUUCGGGAAUGCCAAGACCGUGCGCAACAACAACUCUAGCCGAUUCGGAAAAUACUUUGAAAUCCAGUUCAGUCCAGGUGGGGAACCUGAUGGCGGAAAGAUCUCCAACUUCCUUCUGGAAAAGUCUAGGGUGGUGAUGAGGAACCCAGGAGAGCGGAGUUUUCACAUAUUUUACCAGCUGAUUGAGGGGGCCUCUGCCGAGCAGAAGAACAGCCUUGGCAUCACCAGCAUGGACUAUUACUACUACCUGAGCCUCUCCGGCUCCUACAAGGUUGAUGACAUUGAUGACAAGCGGGAGUUCCAGGAAACCCUGCACGCCAUGAAUGUGAUUGGCAUCUUUGCAGAAGAGCAGACACUGGUGCUGCAGAUCGUGGCCGGGAUUCUCCACCUGGGUAACAUCAGCUUCAAGGAAGUGGGCAACUACGCAGGCGUGGAAAGCGAAGAGUUUUUGGCUUUUCCGGCGUAUCUGCUGGGCAUAAACCAGGACCGGCUGAAAGAGAAGCUGACCAGCCGGCAGAUGGACAGCAAGUGGGGGGGCAAGUCGGAAUCCAUCCACGUGACCCUCAACGUGGAGCAGGCCUGCUACACCAGGGACGCGCUGGCCAAGGCCCUGCAUGCCCGGGUCUUCGACUUUUUGGUGGAUUCCAUCAACAAAGCCAUGCAGAAGGACUAUGAAGAGUACAACAUCGGCGUCCUAGACAUCUAUGGCUUUGAGAUAUUCCAGAAAAAUGGCUUUGAACAGUUUUGCAUCAAUUUUGUUAACGAGAAAUUACAGCAGAUUUUUAUUGAACUGACAUUAAAGGCAGAGCAGGAAGAAUACGUCCAAGAGGGGAUCCGAUGGACACCCAUUGAGUAUUUCAAUAACAAGAUUGUGUGUGACCUCAUAGAAAACAAAGUUAACCCUCCCGGGAUCAUGAGCAUCCUGGACGACGUGUGCGCCACCAUGCACGCAGUGGGUGAGGGGGCCGAUCAGACACUGCUGCAGAAGCUGCAGAUGCAGAUUGGGAGCCAUGAGCACUUCAACAGCUGGAACCAAGGCUUCAUCAUCCAUCACUACGCCGGGAAGGUGUCCUAUGACAUGGACGGCUUCUGUGAAAGGAACCGGGAUGUGCUUUUUAUGGAUCUGAUCGAACUCAUGCAGAGCAGUGAGCUGCCUUUUAUAAAGUCUUUAUUUCCUGAAAACCUGCAAGCUGACAAGAAAGGACGCCCAACGACUGCUGGAAGCAAAAUAAAGAAACAAGCCAAUGACCUCGUGAGUACCCUGAUGAAGUGUACGCCUCACUACAUCCGCUGCAUAAAACCGAACGAAACCAAGAAGCCCCGAGACUGGGAGGAAAGCAGAGUCAAACAUCAGGUGGAAUAUCUGGGUCUGAAGGAAAACAUCCGCGUGAGGAGAGCUGGUUACGCUUACCGGCGUGUCUUCCAGAAAUUCCUGCAGAGGUAUGCCAUCCUGACCAAAGCCACCUGGCCAGCAUGGCACGGCGACGAGAAGCAAGGUGUCCUGCACUUGCUACAGUCCGUCAACAUGGACAGUGACCAGUUCCAGCUGGGCAGGAGCAAAGUGUUCAUCAAAGCCCCCGAAUCCCUGUUUCUUCUCGAGGAAAUGAGAGAACGGAAGUACGACGGGUAUGCCCGGGUGAUACAGAAGUUGUGGAGGAAAUUUGCAGCCCGGAAGAAAUACGUUCAGAUGAGAGAAGAAGCCUCAGACCUGCUGCUGAACAAGAAGGAGAGGAGGCGGAACAGCAUCAACCGGAACUUCAUUGGGGAUUACAUCGGGAUGGAGGAGCACCCCGAGCUCCAGCAGUUCGUGGGCAAGAGGGAGAAGAUUGACUUCGCAGACACAGUCACCAAGUACGACAGGCGGUUCAAGGGAGUAAAGCGGGACCUGCUCCUCACCCCGAAGUGCUUGUACCUCAUCGGACGGGAGAAGGUGAAGCAGGGCCCGGACAAAGGCCUGGUGAAGGAGGUGCUGAAGCGGCGAAUUGAGGUGGAGCGGAUCCUGUCUGUGUCGCUCAGUACCAUGCAGGACGACAUUUUUAUCCUUCACGAGCAAGAAUACGACAGUUUGCUUGAGUCUAUCUUCAAAACGGAAUUCCUAAGCCUCCUUGCAAAGCGUUAUGAGGAGAAAACUCAGAAGCAGCUACCUCUGAAAUUCAGCAACACGUUGGAAUUGAAGCUGAAGAAGGAGACCUGGGGUCCCUGGAGUGCAGGGGGCUCCCGGCAGGUGCAGUUCCAGCAGGGCAUCGGUGACCAGGCUGUGCUGAAGCCCAGCAACAAAGUGCUGCAGGUCAGCAUCGGACCUGGGCUGCCCAAGAACUCCCGUCCUACCCGAAGGAACACUGUCCACAGCAGAGGUUCUUCCUGUGGGAUUCAAAAUGCUAACUACCCAACAAGAGCUGCCCCUCCUCCCCCAGGGCACCACCAGAACGGUGUCAUCAGGAACCAAUUUGUGCCAGCCCCGCAGGCUCCUGGAAACCAGCGGUCCAGUGACAGAAGCCUGUAUACCUCCAUGACCCGCCCCCCACUGCCACGGCAGCAGUCCAUAGGUACCGACCGAGUGUCACAGACCCCCGAGAGCCUGGAUUUCCUUAAGGUCCCAGACCAAGGUGCUGCAGGUGUCCGCAGACAGACGACCAGCCGGCCUCCCCCAGCAGGGGGCAGGCCCAAGCCCCAGCCCAAGCCCAAACCACAGGUGCCGCAGUGCAAGGCCCUGUAUGCCUAUGAUGCUCAGGACACGGACGAGCUCAGCUUCAACGCCAAUGACGUCAUCGACAUCAUCAAGGAAGAUCCUUCAGGCUGGUGGACAGGUCGGCUCCGAGGCAAGCAGGGCUUAUUCCCCAACAACUACGUGGCCAAGAUCUGAGGCACCCGCACCCGCACGGCACAGACAGACCAGGGCCACCCGGGGGCGCCCCACUGACCCACAGUGAGCAGUCGCUUCUCCCAGGCCCCAGCAGGGGGGGUGCCUUCUGCGUGCAGAAUCCUGAAAAGGGGACUGAGGACAGGAGCGCCACCCCACCAAGUGACCCUAAACGGUAGCCUGGUGUGGGGACCAGGCGGGCACAACCACCGCCCACCAAGAUUUAUUUAUUGUAUUUAAACCUGGUGUGUGGACAAGCGAGACCCCAGUGACCUCGCUGGCUCCCAUCCCAGCAGCCUCCUGUGGCCUGUGCGCCUUGGCCCCUGACAAGUGCCUUGACCGGAGAGCACAUUGCUGUCCCCCAUCGUCUACGAUUCCCUUCAGGAAGGACCUGCUCAUGAGCGCGCAGGCUCCUGGCUGGUGCAGGGCUGCUGGCCUACCUGGGCAGGGCACUGGGCGGACGGCCUUGCUUUCUCUGGUUCUUCAGUUGGAGUUUGGCUCACGGCAGUGUCACGUUUAAUGCUGUACUUAUCUCAAGAAGGAUCUUUCUUAAGCUGUACAUUUAUUAAAAAAAAAAACCUCAGAUCAUAUACUAUAUAUAUAAACUCUCGGGGUGGUAGGGACACAUAUGAAUGUGCUAGUAGCGUCCCACUGUGCUCGCUCGGGAAGGUCAGUUUUAUUAAACCUUGUACCAGGUACUGACAAAAGAUGGCCCUGCUCCUCCUCAACUGCAGACACUAUGGCUGCUUCUGACUCAAUCCCCGAAGACCCUUGUCCACCCUUGUGUCCCUCCCCACCUCCUACCCAAAUAAAGGGACCAGUGAGCCUUA